AUGGUGGACGUUUUCGAUCACUAUACUUCCAUCUGCACGGAUCAUGCAUCGGGACCAUGUCAAAUACGGUUAUCGGAAAUUCUGAAGCUAAACGCGUUCAAGCGUGAAGCUUGCCUUCGCCUCUCUCAUAAAACGACGCCAUUACAUGAGAUCCGCUUAAAAUGGAUAUCAGUAAGCCUCCGGUGUGAGCCCGAAACCCUUUAUUUCACAAGAGAUACCGCCUAUAGAAUCGUGGAUAGUAAGCGAUGCCCACACAUGGGGUCAUGUGUAGGCGAUAAAUGCGGUUCAAUCAAUGCGUCAAGUCUGAUUCCAGAACUAGAAAAAGGGAAUAAAUUCCCGGGAAAUACCGCUUGCGUGGAAUCAUGCGGGGGACCGGGAUGUGACUGCUUUUCCUUGAGCUCUGGUUGCCUUUUCUAUCGGAUCUACGUUGAACCGCUGAAUAGUGUCGUAUACGAAAUCUUCCACUGUAACAGGUGGACAGAGACGGCGAAAAUCCUCAUCACUCACGUGGACAGAACUAGGGACAAGACAUCGACUACCACCACGGUAAUGACCCCUAACAUACCCAAGAAACUGAAUUCCUUCAGCAUCACGUUAUCCGCGUUAUCUCUUCCACCGCUUCCUCUGCUCAACACCCAAUUUAUCACGGACUCAAGACGCGUAGCGAUGUGGCGAACGACUGCAAAACCCGCACUGCAAUGUUGGAAUUUUACUAGCGCUCAAAAUCUUCAAUGCCCAGUUUCCGAGAAUUGUGUUUGUCAACCCGCAGAGACGAGAGCGAAUUGCAGAUGCAAAGAUCUACCGGUCGGGCUGUUGUUCAACGACCUCAAGAAUCAGCUACCUGCCACUUUUCCUUCCCUGACUUUCCACCAUCAAGGGGGAUCAGUUAUAGCUCGCGUAUCACAAAUGGUUAUGUCGGAAUUCGUCAUGAAUUUUGAAGACAUCUUCGAACAGUCAAUCCUGAUUGAUGAUGCCAUCUGCAAGGUUAAGGACACAGAACUUAUAGGAUGUUAUAACUGCGCAAAAGGAGCUUUUGCUGAGAUCGAAUGCACAUCGUCCCGAGACAAUGUCCAAGCGGAAGUGACCUGUGGUGAAAUUGGAUUCUCCAUACCUUGCAACUCUACAGGAAGUGUGUCAACAAUACGAUUCAGUUUUUCCAGGGCCCAGAUUCACUUAGCCUGUUCAGUUUCCUGUGGUAAAGUGCCGGACACCUUCGACCUACGGGGAGUUCUGAAGUUCACCGGUUCCAUACAAGAAAUCGUAGAACAGUGGCUCACGGGAACACCAACAUCGAGCGCCGCAAUUCCAUGGCCGGAUUUUUACCACAUCGCUACGGUAUUCCUUCAGUGGUAUAAGACAGCGCUGGUAGCGAUACUGGGCCUACUAAUCAUCCUUGGACUCACUUACAUGAUACUGACCACUUAUGGGUUACGUAUUGCCCUAUGGAUGUGUCUUCUCGCACCAAGAAUGGUAAUCGCAGUGAUACGAGCUGUAUGCAAAUGCUUCCGAGAACAUCAGAAUCAUAAAGGGCACACUAAGCAACAGUAA